AUGGCCGCUCAGUCUACCUUACGACAGCCUCAUGACCCUCUCUUAGCACUCUACGACCACUAUGCUACGCUCCUCAAGUCGCGGGUCCGCGGCGCGUCUAAGCUCACGAAGCUGCUAUCCACCAUCACUCUUCUGUUCACCAUCAUAGGUGCAGGCUAUGGGGGGACAAGAUGGUACAAGAGCCGGCGCGCAGAGAAAGAGACGGGUCGACGAUUACUGAGGAGGAACUCCGGCCUCAAGAACAAAGACGGCUCCAGGACAAUCUACGUCCCCUACCGCGACUCGACGUCUAAGGUGGUCAUCCAUCCCACCAAGCAAACCACCUUCGAUGCGCAUCGUAGACUCUUCCUCCAGCCUCCACGCGCAGCCCGCAUGGCUGAUACCACGUCGAGCGACCCGCAAGCGCCGCCGCCGCAAACUAAGCCGGGCCUCAACUUGGCUUUCCUACACCAGUUCCUCAGCCUGCUGAACAUCAUGAUACCGCGUUGGAACAGCAAGGAGACUGGUCUGCUGGUCAGCCAUAGCGUCUUUCUCAUGCUACGCACAUACCUCUCCCUAGUGGUGGCGCGUCUCGACGGAGAGAUCGUGCGCGAUCUCGUCGCAGGCAACGGCAAAGCAUUCUUAUGGGGAAUAGUCAAGUGGCUGGGUGUGGGCACAUUCUCCUCGUACACGAAUGCUAUGAUCAAGUUCCUGCAGAGCAAAGUUUCCAUCGCCUUUCGGACACGGCUCACAAGGUACAUUCACGACUUGUACCUGAACGACCAUUUGAACUACUACAAGCUACAAAACCUAGAUGGAGGCGUAGGCGUCGGAGCAGACCAGUAUAUCACGCAAGAUUUGACGCUAUUUUGUGCAAGUGCAGCAUCGCUGUAUUCGAGCUUGGGAAAACCGUUUGUGGAUCUUUGUGUGUUCAACUACCAGCUCUACCGUUCUCUGGGACCACUAGCGUUGACGGGGUUGCUGAGCAAUUACUUCCUCACAGCGACGGUGCUACGGAAACUCUCCCCGCCCUUUGGCAAACUGAAAGCCGUCGAAGGACGAAGAGAAGGCGAGUUCCGCGCCCUGCACUCUCGACUCAUCGCAAACGCCGAGGAAGUAGCUUUCUACGGUGGUGACGAGAUGGAAAAGCACUUUCUUGAACGUGGCUUCAAGGACCUCAAACACUGGAUGGAGGGCAUCUACAGCCUCAAAAUCCGGUACAACAUGCUUGAAGACUUUGUGCUCAAGUACUCAUGGUCGGCUUUCGGAUACCUUGUUACGUCGCUCCCCGUCUUCUUGCCUGCAUGGGGUGGUGUAGGGGGAACACCGGAGCUACCUGGAGGUGAGAAGUCACACCGCGAGCGAAGUCGCAUGAAGGACUUUAUUACAAACAAGCGACUUAUGUUGUCUCUGGCGGAUGCUGGUGGCCGUAUGAUGUACAGUAUCAAGGACCUCUCUGAACUCGCUGGCUACACUUCACGCGUCUACACCUUGAUCAGCACACUCCACCGUGUUCACGCAGACGCAUAUUACCCCCCACCUGGCACGCGACCUGAAUUAUAUUCCGUUUCCGAUAUCCAAGGCACUGUUCACAAGGGUUUCGACGGUAUCCGUCUCGAACAUGUUCCAAUAGUCGCCCCAGCCCUACACCCCAUGGGCGGCGAAGAACUCUUGGAAUCUCUAUCUUUUAUCGUUCAUUCCGGCGAACAUCUUCUCAUCACCGGCCCCAAUGGCUGUGGCAAAAGCGCCGUCGCGCGCAUCGUCGCCGGUCUCUGGCCAGCAUAUCGUGGACUUGUUAGCCGUCCUCGCAGCAUCGGCGUAGAUGGCAUCAUGUUCCUUCCCCAACGACCUUACCUCUCCACCGGCACUCUCCGCGAUCAAGUCAUCUACCCCCAUACCGAUGCCGACAUGAAAGACGCGGGCCGCCGCGACUUUGAACUUUCCCAGGUCCUCGAAGAAGCGAAACUAGGCUACCUGCCCGACAGAGAAGGCGGCUGGGACACGAAGAAAGUAUGGAAAGACGUGUUUAGCGGCGGUGAGAAGCAGAGAAUGGGUAUUGCGAGGUUGCUUUAUCAUGAGCCGCGAUAUGCGUUUGUGGACGAGGGGACAAGUGCAGUUAGUAGCGAUGUCGAAGGCCUGCUCUAUGAACGCGCAAAGGCGAAAGGGAUAACAUUAAUCACAAUCUCCACCCGCGCCUCCUUGAAACGCUAUCACGACUACACAUUAACCCUCGGCAUGGGCGACCAUGGUGACGAGUGGGACUUUCAACGCAUAGGCACGCAGUCUGAGAAGUCGAGUGUAGAUAAGGAGCUAGUAGAGUUGAGGGAGAGGUUAGCCAAGGUAGAGGAGUGGAAGAAGAGGAGAGAGGAGAUUGAGGCAGAGUUGAAUAGGGUGUGGGUAGAAGGGAAGGAUGGAGAGGGUGAGAGCGAGAGCGAGGAAUUGGCACCGCCGCCGUACCUCGAAAGAGACGAGGAAGAUGAUACAAUGAAUGCAGACGAUGGUGGUCAGGAGGAGGCGGUCGAGAGUGGUAGUGAAGAGACAUCUACGUCUAGUUAA